AGAAAGAAGAUGUUUACCAUCUACAAAACAUUUUAGAAUACAGGUUGAGUUUUAAUUUGUCAGUGUUUUCCCUUUAAUCCACUUUUCUGUAGUGAAAGGCCACCACAGAUCUGUUUUAUUUUAUACAACUUGUUGACAUGAUAAAAGACCUCUCAGUGAUUGUUUCUCUAACCUCAUUGGACCAAUCAGUGUUUAAUGGUAGAGGAGCUGAGUCAAAAUGAAACUGAUGCUCCCUUAUAAAUUUGGAGUCAACAGAAGGUGAACAACAUUCAGAUGACAGUGAUGAUGAAGCUGUCAAUGAUGCUACUGCUUUCCCUGCUGGCUCUGUCCUCAGCCAGUUCUCUUGAUACUAUGAACAGCACAGAAGACAUAAAUGUCUCAUACCUGGACCCAGAUCUGGAAGACAGGAUUCCUGAAAUCAAUGGUAGUGAUCCGAUGCAAACAGAUGAAGGCUUCCUCCUUCCUCCUGUGGAGCUUGCGAGCAGACGCAGUCAGCCUUUACCCUUCGACUUUGGAAGUGCCAACCUGAAAUGGCAAACCUGGCAAGGCUCUCUUCCCGAUGGAGCUGUUGCCAUAUACAAUCGUCAUACUCGUCGUUACGACUACAUCUGCAAAUACAGAUGUGAGGCCGGUUUCUUCAACCCCAGAAUGGGUCCGUACUGCCACUACCCCUUCGCAGGUCGAGCCUACCGUUGUUCCCCUUUUGAGAUCCUAGUUAAUAAGGAUAACUUUGAGUUUCUUGAGUGGAAGCCUGGUUCCUUUGGUUCAGUGCCUCAGUAUGCAGUUAGGACCUGCAAAGGGGGUGACAUAUAUGUUGGGAUGAACAGGUAUGGGCUUGGGAAGGUGCAUCCCAAGCACAGGGCAUUUUUCCUUCCUUGGAAAAACAAAGAGUACUACUACCGGAAGGGGUACCAGGUCCUGACAGUCAAUAAGGAUGUGAUCAGUGAGCACAUCUCUGAUGUCAAGUAUAAGAUUGAAAGUGGUGUAAUCUUCCAGUAUCCUCCAGAGACCAUGCGCUUCUCUACCAUCACCAACUAUGCGUGCAGUGAAGUUGGGAAAGGAGUCACGCUUUCAAAGACAAGCACAGUGGAACACAGGUGGGACACUGGUUUUUCCAACACUUUUGGUGUCCACAUUUCAGUCAGCGCAGGACUUCCUUUUCUCUUUGAAAAAAAAGUUGAUGUAAGUUUUCAGACAACAGUGGAGUACUUAAAGGGGGAAUCCAUGAUAGAGGAAAAUUUGCACUCUGUUACCGUAGACCUCAAAGUCCCACCCAACCACUCCUGCACAACCCGUAUGGUGGGAUAUAAUUACAAGCUAGACAUCCCAUACACAGCCCGACUGACACGCACCUACCAAAAUGGGAGAACCAGUUGGACUGUCAUUACAGGGAACUACUACGGUGUUCAGGUUGGAGAGGUCAGAGCGAUAGUUGACCGCUGUAAACCUCUGCCAAACGUUAACCAGUGUCCUGGUAGCUUAGUGCAGUGGUCACAGGAGCACCAUGAAGAAUCCAAAGAUUCUUAAGACCUGAGAUGAUUGACAGGAGAGGAACCAGAAAACAUAAUCUAUUGUUAUUUUACUUCUAAUAUUUUCCAGUUUUCUCAUUUAUUAAUUGAUGAUUUUUACAUUUUUAAGCCUCUAAAAAUAGAAUAAGGAAAAAAGAUUUUUGGUUGAGCUGAAUCAUACAUGGGCUUCGGUGAGUUAAGUUAAACAAUUCAACAGCAAUGUGUCUAUCCCUGCUAGUAUGAGAAGUUUUAGUCAGAGAUUAUUUCUGCAGAAGAAAUAGUCCCUAGAAUAGCUUUAAAGAGAGGAAUUUCUUGAUAAAGCACAAUGAAUAUAGACCUGUAAUGUCUGACAUAUCCAGCAGGUGGCACUGAAAGAUCAUCACAUGUAUUCAGUUUCUUUUGCUUAUAUUCUUACAUGCUUAUAUUCUAUCAUUUUCCUGUGUUAUGGACAGAUCAGAGAUUCCCCAAUAGCCUGAUAUUAACAGGGAUUUCUCAAGAUCCAGGUCACAGGUAAUCAGAGGCUACUGGGUGCACCUGUCAUGCUCUCCCUCAGCUGGCUGCAAUCAGUCAGCUGAGGGAGAGUAUAUAAGGGGGCUGCAGUUCCCCUGCUCAGUUGGUUGUGUGUUUUGGGGCAUCAACACCAUCCGUUGGCCCUCUGUUUGUUUCUUUUGGGUGAAAAUCUGGGUUGUGAGCACUUGAGAUUUAUUUCUUUUGGACAGUUUUAUAUAAUUGUGUUGUGAAGCAGUAUAUUCUCAUGGGAGAAUUUGGAGUGUAAAUUAAAGAGUUUGUCCAGGAGCUCCUCUAAUUGAAUAGUCUCAUGAGAUACCUGUUGUUAUGAAUGUGCACUAUGUAAACAGAACUGACUUGUUUUAACUUGACUUUGAAAUGUGCUUUAUAAAUAAAGCUACUUUGCCUUGCCUUAUAACAAAAUCUAAGUCUUUACUCAUUCACUCAGCUUUUCACUUUUAUUUUAAGUUUUGAAGUUGCUGUUAAACUGACAACAGCACUUUUGAGAGCCUCCUUUUUUUUUAAGCAACAUUAUGUAGAAAUUGGCAUUUUGUUCAAAUGACUCUGAGACAGACACCAUUCAUCCUAUUGCAAGACACUGAAUCCUUAAAAUGAUGAGGGUGUUAU